GUCAACUAGCCAGGUGAUAGGUUGUGUUUAUCGUACGACUCCUCUUUGUGCUGUUUUUUCUUAACAUGGAUUUAAUAUUCCUAUGGCUCUUCACAUUCGUGGUUGGUUAUUGGAUAUUUCGUAAAAUAAACCAGUGGAAGAACCUUCCUCCUGGGCCUUGGGGUAUGCCCAUCUUAGGAUAUUUGCCUUUCAUAGAUCCCAAGCAACCUCAUUUGACCCUAACGAAGUUAGCCAAAACCUAUGGCCCCAUAUAUGGUCUCAGCAUGGGGAAUGUAUAUGCUGUGGUGUUGUCAGACCAUAAGUUGGUAAGAGAUGCUUUCGCGAAGGAAGCAUUUUCGGGGAGAGCUCCAUUAUAUCUCACUCACGGAAUAAUGCAUGGCAAUGGUAUCAUAUGUGCUGAAGGCGCUUUAUGGAAAGAUCAGAGGAAGCAAGUUUCCUCUUGGUUGAAAAGCUUUGGUAUGAGCAAGCACAGUAUCUCCCGAGAUAAACUGGAAAAACGCAUCGCUGCUGGCGCACAUGAACUACUAGAAAAUGUCGAAAAAUCUUCAGGUACUCCGGUAGAUUUAGUACAUAUGCUUACUAACUCAUUGGGUAAUGUUGUCAAUGAGAUAAUAUUUGGUUUUAAAUUCCCACCUGACGACAAAACCUGGAACUGGUUUCGUCAGAUCCAAGAAGAAGGGUGCCAUGAAAUGGGUGUUGCCGGCGCUGUGAACUUUUUGCCUUUCGUAAGAUUUAUUUCCCCAUCUACGAGAAAGACAAUCCAAGUGUUAGUUCGAGGUCAAGCCCAAACACAUAGAUUAUAUGGUAGUAUAAUAAACAGAAGACGUAAAAUGCUCGAUUUAGUGACACCAAAAGGAGCGGAAUACCCUCUUCAUGAGAAUCUAUUUGACGAACAUCCAGAAGGUCACAUGAAAUGUAUUACGUACAGCAAGUAUACUGCCAACGAGGAACAUUUUUUCGAUCCUAACAUUUUGAUAGCAACGGAUGAUGAGUGCAUUCUAGAUAACUUCCUGAAAGAACAGAAACGCAGAUUUGAAAGCGAUGAAGAAUCGGCACGAUUCAUGACAGACGAACAAUUAUUGUAUUUACUAGCAGAUAUGUUUGGCGCCGGUCUUGAUACCACGUCGGUGACCCUGUCUUGGUUCUUAUUGUAUAUGGCUUUACACCAAGACGAACAAGAUCUCGUUCGCAAAGAAAUCUUGUCAGUUUAUCCAGAGGAAGAAGAAAUAGAUGGUUCUAAGCUACCUUACCUUAUGGCAGCUUUAUGUGAAACCCAAAGAAUACGGUCAAUAGUUCCUGUUGGUAUACCUCAUGGUUGUUUACAGGAUACCUAUCUAGGAAACUAUCGGAUACCAAAAGGUGCCAUGGUGAUACCUCUCCAGUGGGCAAUUCACAUGGAUUCUGAUGUUUGGGAAAAUCCAGAGGAAUUUAAGCCAAGUCGUUUUAUAGGUCCCGAUGGGAGCUUGCUGAAACCACAAGAGUUUAUUCCUUUCCAAACAGGUAAAAGAAUGUGUCCCGGUGACGAAUUGUCUCGCAUGCUGUCGUGUGGAUGUGCGGCGCGCCUUUUCAGACGUCGGCGCAUAAGGUUGGCGUCGCAACCACCCACCCCUGAGGAAAUGCGUGGUACAGUGGGGGUCACGCUGUCUCCACCGGCUGUGAAGUUCUAUUGCGAUUCCGUGUAACCUUCUUGUAAUCUUAAAAAUAUUUUCAUAGAUUUUUGACAAUUCCAACGCGUACAAAGAAAUUUGGUGACUCGUUUCUUUGUCGCACUAUCGGUAAAUGGAAUAAUCUGCCUGCUCACGUGUUCCCUCCCUCUUACAACCUGGGAUCCUUUAAAAGAGGCGUAACGAAGCAACAUGCAGGCCGGCAAGGUGAGGAUGGCUUAUGUGGCAGGUAGAA